UGCGUGAAACCACCGCGAGCGAUGUGUUCGAGAGUUUUACCGUAUGGCCUCCUGCUGUCCCUGCUCGUAGCUCUGUGCGAUUCGUCCGCAGUACCGGCGCCACCCUCCUGCAAGGUAUACGAGGGCCUUCACUACCGCUACUUCACCUGCCGGAACUUCCACUCCGUCGAAGACUUCCAGCAGAUCCUCCAUGACAGCCACUCCGAAAAGCCGACUUGGUUCAGCCUAUGGGACAGUCAAGUUCCCAAGAUUCCUGGAGGUGCCUUCAAGGACCUCAACGUAUCGGUUCUGGAGCUCAGGCGUGUCAUCGUCGAGCAUUUGGAGCCGGCGGAUGGAGAGGAAAACCCGUUCCACGGCCUCGAGCAAUCCCUUCGCAAGGUCAUGUUCAGUCUGGGCACUCUGCCGACCUCGUGGUCCAUCCUCGCUCACCUGGAGCACUUGGAAGAGUUGAAGCUCAUCCACUACAAGGACAUGCACCUCAGCAACGACUUCAACAACCUUCCCAAGAGUCUGGAAACUCUUUACAUCGCCGAUGCUACAAUUGAGAAGAUCGACGACGACUGGCUGGUUCACUUGGAUGGCCUUAAGCAUCUGGUUGUGCGCCAGACCGACUUGUACAACUUCACCAGGUCGUGGUUGCCCAACCCAGCCCCUCACUUCACGACUCUCGACCUCCCGACAAACAAGCUGAUCUCGUUCCCCGCCAAUCUGGACGACGGCCUUCCCGAGCUCAAAUACGUGAGCCUCGAGCGGAACCUCAUCACCAGUGUGCACGAAGAGGACCUGGCUCCACUCAAGGACAAGCCGGUCUUCGUGGACUUAAUGUUCAACCCUGUGCACUGCGACUGCAAGCUGGGCUUCAUCCUGGACUACCCGACACGCUGGCACUAUUUCCUCUGCGCCACGCCCGGAGAUGUGGCCGACAGCUACAUCACGCACCUUACCGAAGAGCAGCUUCAGUGCGAGCAUGGCUCCGCUUGAACCGCCCUGCCGGCC